UGGCUGGAAGUUGGGGUACACAUAUGCGGUGCACGAGGAGGAUGAAGUGGCGGUGGAAGAGGAGGAGGAGGAGGAGGAGGAGGAGGAGGAGGAGGAGGAGGAGGAGGAGGAGGAGGAGGAGGAGGAGGAGGAGGAGGAGGAGGAGGAGGAGGAGGAGCGAGAGGAGUUAUGGGAGUGGGAAGACGAGGAGGAGAAGGUGGGGCCGUGCUCGCCGAACUGAGUGACCCACGCGAGCGGGUGGCCGU